AUGACCAAGUUAAUUCUUUCCACCGGGAACAUUGUUUCCGGCGGACCCUCCAUCAUCCGCAAGCCCGGAGCGUACCGGUCGAACCUGGAGCUGACCAACUCGCUCCGGAGCAACUUUCUGGCCGCACAACAGGCAGCAGCGGCCGAUAUUGAGGCCGACAUUGCCGCGGCCGAGGAGGACGAAGAGUAUCUGGCGACGGCCAGCGGCAACAGCGACAGUGAUGACAUUGGCUUCGGCAACGGCAGCGCCUACCUGCACGCAUUUGGAAACGGCACGGGCACCACCAGCAGCAGCAGCAGCCGGCGGCCACCGCUGGCGACGUGGACGCAGCGCGAAGGUUCGGUGCUGUAUGUACCGCGGCUCGACUGGACGGACGGCGGGGCGGUGACGGGGCUGUCGGAGGAGGCGUCACAGUACGAGACGACGGUGAAGCUCUUUUUUGUGUCGGGAGCGCAGACGGCGACGCCGGCCGAGCGGGGGGUGUUUGCCGAGGAGGCGCUGAGGCUGGUGUUUGGCGAGCUGGGCAUCAGCCGGGCAGACCUGCUGGUGAUCUCGUUUCCGGGCGGCGGCGAAGGCGAGGACGAAAGCGGCAGCAGAAGUGUGGCUCCUUCGGACAGCGACGACAUCGUGGCGGCCACAUGGGCAGCGACGGCCGAAGCACUGCAAGCCCAGGGCAAGGUGGCGCGGCUGGGCGUGGCCGAGUUUGGAGCGGCACAGCUCGGCCAGCUGCUCGACCGCGUGGCCGUGGCGCCGGCCGUCGAUCAGGUUAACCUGCAGCGCUGCUGCAGCGUGCCGCCGGACCUGGCGACGCUGGCCCGCCGGCACAACAUCGAGCUGCUGGUGCAUACCGACUGCACGGACGUGCUGCCGCCCGGCACGCUGCGCGAGCUGCUGGGACCUGGACUGCAAGGGGCCGGCGUGCUGGCGGGUGGCCCGGUCGAUGAUCUGCCGGCUGGCGACAGCGAGGCCCUUCGCGGCGACCUCACGCCGCAGUGGGUGGUCAAGUAUACGGCCGUGGUGCGCGACCGCGGCGUGAUCGAGAACAAGGGAUACUUUGCCGGUGCGUCGCUGCGGGCUGUCUGA